GUCAAACAAAAAGUCACAAAUGCUUUCUCAUUCGGCCGAAUUGAUUUAUGUGUUUAUUUAUUUACCAUUAAAAUAGAACAAGAACUAUGAAUUAAAUCAUCGGAACGCAUUAAAAACCAAUUAAUUCAACAUGAACAUGUACAACGCCAUGCAGAGCGUAGGGGAUGUAGGCAUGGUGUGGAUGGGGAUGGGUCAAUCUUCGGCCGAUAUCACCAUGGGCGGGCUGAUGCACAGCGACCCCGGAGACAACGUGCUAGAACAAGACAGCGUCUACUACACCCCGUCCCAUCGCAGCAUGUCCAACAUAUCCACCCAAUCGUUAGAGGACGUUCGCACCGGCCGGUGCUCAUCCCGAAUGGACACGAUGGAGAACUACGACAUGCUCCACUACUUGGACAUAAAGAACGAAAGCAACGAUUCCAGCUAUCUGAUGGACGACGACGACGACGUCUCGCACAACGACGACGCCGUCUACAUGAUAACGACGUCGACCCAAACGACGCCGUGCCCCAACAGGAAGAUCCGGCCGAUCAAGCACCCCGGAUUGGUGUUGAAGACGCCCAUAGCCUACCAGAGCGACACCGAUCCAUCGGUGAUACCCAUACAAAAGGACGGGAUAGCGGUGUGCGAGAAAUGCGGCGCCAUCGGCGUCAAGCACGCCUUCUACACGCGCGAACGUAGGUUCUGCAGCAUGGCCUGCGCCCGCGGUUACAGCGGUCUCAUUCCGGAGCCUUUGCCCAGGCAACACCAACAGCCACUUGCGCAGCAAACUUCAUCGGACGACGACGAGGCGAAUCGGAAGCGCUUCGCCCAAUACCGCUUCGCCGUGCACGCCGAGGACGAUUUCACCGAUUGCUAUCUCGACAGACCUCUGGCCCAAUUGUCUCCCCUGCCGGAAUUGCCGCCGGUGGACGACGCCUCGCCGUUGAUCCGCCGGAAACCGUCGGAAUUGGCCAACACGUUCGAUUGGGAAUCGAACUUCUCCGAUCCGUAUUUCACGGCGGCUUCGGUGACGUGCUUCAAGCACGCCCCCAUGGCGGACAUUUGGGACAACAUCAUGGUGGGCAUGAAGGUCGAGGUGGAGAACACCGAUCGCGAGAACGCCUCGGAACGGUUCCCCGACUCCUUUUGGGUGGCCACCGUCAUGCGCAUCGUCGGCUACAAGGCGCAGCUCCGCUACGAAGGUUUCGGUUCGAACAGCUCGAAGGACUUUUGGGUGACUCUCUGCUCGAAUCAGGUGCACCCGGUGGGUUGGUGCGCGACGCGCGGCAAGCCUUUGAUACCGCCGAAAACGAUCGAGGACAAGUACUCGGAUUGGAAGGAUUUCCUGCGCAAACGGUUGACCGGCGCGCGCACGUUACCGUCGAAUUUCACGCAACGCGCCCAAGAGAGCCUCAAGUCGCGCUUCGAGCGAGGCCUCAAUCUCGAAGUGGUCGACAAGAAUCGCAUAUCGCAAGUCAAAUUGGCCGUGGUGCACAAGAUUGUCGGUAAACGGUUGAACGUGAGAUACUACGACAUGCCGGCCGAAGACGGGGGCUUCUGGUGUCACGAGGACUCGCCCUUGUUGCAUCCGGUCGGAUGGGCCAGAAAAGUGAAUCAUCAUUUGGUGGCUCCGGUGAACUACCUGGAACGAUUGAAUCAAGGCAUCUACGACGACGACGACGCCACCGAGGAAUCCUUCAAUCCCUAUCAGGUCGGGUUCGUGGACAACGUCCCGUCGGGCUUCGAGGUCGGCAUGAAAUUGGAGGCGAUCGAUCCGUUGAAUUUGUCUUCGAUUUGCGUCGCCACCGUCAUGGACGUGUUGGAUUUCGGCUACAUCAUGAUCAGGAUCGAUACAUACGAUGCGGACGUUACGGGAGCCGAUUGGUUUUGCUACCACGUCAAAUCGCCCUGUAUAUUCCCGGUGGGAUUCUGCGACAAGUUCGACAUACCGCUCACGCCGCCCAAAGGUUACGAUCAAUCGACGUUCGAUUGGCGAACGUAUUUGGCCCAAAUCGAUCACCGUCCGGCCGAUCCGGCCCUGUUCAACACGUUCGUACCGUUACACGGGUUCCAACAGGGCAUGAAAAUCGAGGCGGCCGAUCUGAUGGAUCCCCGAUUGGUCUGCAUCGCCACCGUAGCCAAAGUGGCCGGUCGCCUACUCAAAGUGCAUUUCGACGGUUGGGAGGAGGAGUACGACCAAUGGUUGGACUGCGAAAGCCCUGACAUCUACCCGGUGGGUUGGUGUCAGAGCGUGGGGCACAAAUUAGAAGGCCCCCCGUCGUUCGUCAGGCAAACCAUCCAGCCCGUUAAAUCGCCUAAAGUCAAGAAAAAAAAUCGCAAAAAGAAGCCGAAACCGCAGCAGCAACAACAACAACAACAACACCAGCGUCCCGACGGCGACGACGACGACGUCGACGACGCCAAAUCGUCGCGGAAAUCCGACGGGGAACCGGCGACGCCCGACUCGAACAUGGAUCGCUCGGAGUAUCCGGAUUCGAAGCAUUCCAGUCGUUCGGAUAGAGAGGACGUUUCGAUCGCGACGCCGCCUACUACAAUACGCGUCGCGACGUCUCUUAACGGAGACGACGACGGUCGCAAGAAGGCUGAAGAUGUCAAAAGGCAGGAGGAGCCGCCCGUCGAGCGGCGCGCCACUUCGUACGUCAAUUCGACGUCGAGCAACGGUAAUAAAGUGAUACCGCGUUUGAUAGACGCUACGACUAGCGGAGCGGGUGAAUUGUGCCCCGACGAAUGGAGCAUCUUCGAUGUGGCCCAGUUUCUCAGGGUGAACGAUUGCGUGAAUUAUUGCGACGCUUUCAGCAAACACAAAAUCGACGGGAAGACGUUGUUGUCGUUGAGCAAGGAGGACAUUGUGGAGUUUACGGGAGGGAAGGUGGGGCCUUCGUUGAAGAUCUUCGAUUUGGUGCAGCAGCUGAAGAUCAAAGUGAACCCGUCGAAGGUGCGACUGAUGAAAGCGAACGUCAAAAAAGUCUUAUAGUGCCUCUGUAGAAUUUUUCUUAGGUCGGUUUUUUUGAUUUAAAUAUUUUUUUAGGCGUAAAUUGAGGUAAGAAUCUUGAGAGGAUCGUGGUUUUUUUAUUAUUGAUUUGUAAAUAUUAGAAUUGUAACGAUCGUAAGAGAUUAUUCGUAUAUUUAAUUUAAUCGGUUGGUUUGAUUUAUAUUCACGAUGGUAAUUUCGUUUUUUACCUGCAACGUUUGUUUGUCAUUUUAUUCGUUUAUUUUUUUUUAAAUCAGUAUUGUAUCUUAAUUUUUUUUGGAGUUUUUGCGUGUGAUUUGAGUUGCUCAUUUCUUUUUAUUUGCAAACUGAUAGGUAAUAAUUUUUUUGUAAUAAAGAAACGAAAAGCAAAUAUAAAAUUUAUAUUAUCAGAUUGGCUACUCUAAAUCGACCUUCAACACCAAAUAGGGGGAUGAAAAUUGUUAGUAACUAUUAAUUAUUAUUACAUUAUGUAAAAAAAUACUUCCACAACUUCAUUAAAUGCCAACGUUACGGUUCCAAUUCGAACCAAAUUUAAAUAUCCAACGAUUUCUGCACUUCAUCUAUAGCUUUCGCAGACUCUCGCAAAGCCUCGGUUUCUUCUUCCGUUAAAUUUUGCAUCACCACUUUCGAUACUCCAUCGCUUCCCAACACGGCCGGUAAGGACAAAAACACCUCGGAAUCUAUGCCGUGAUAACCCUAAUAAAAAAAAGUCACCUUUUAUGUACAAGCAUAACAGCACACCCGACAAGUUAGAGGCCGCGUUUAGACAGUUAAAAUCGCCAUAUUGUAUGAUAGUCGGCGGACCGAUCGCUCACCUCGAAUCCUCGCUCCUUUUCUAAUACACAUUUACGCAAACCACCCUGUAUACACUGUGCUUCAUUCCAGAUCCCAACAUAGGGGAUGCGAUAGAGAAAACUUCCAUUAGACACUUAUAAAGGAAAAGGAAAGAGUGACAUUUAUGUCAUUGCAACUUUUCACUUUGACAACUGUCAUUUUAAUAAUCUUUCCUUGUUCCACUCAUAGAAACGACCAUGUUGCGGUCCGAAUUGAAGCAAUACGUAUACAAACAGCUACAUUCAUACGCAAUAACGCAAUAGCCAAAAAAAAAAAAACGUGAAUUUUUAAUUCAAACCAUUCCCAUCGUACAACUACACAUAUACCCCACUCUCCGCAACGCCGAAAGCGCCGAGCCACUCCCUCAAAUUUUGAUGCCUCCUUGAAUCUCCUCCAACAUGGCCGCCGUAAACUUGAGCGCGCACCGUUCGUUCGAGGCCAGUUUCUGCAGCACCACCUUCUCCACGCCGUUGCUGCCCAGCACGGCCGGCAGCGACAGGAACACCUCCUGGUCCAGGUUGUGCAUGCCCUGAAAUUAACCGGGGGAUGGGAUCGGGAGAGAGUGGGUCAGGGAAAGAAAAGCCUCCGCGCGGACAGUACCUUGACUAAAACGGACACGGCGUGCACGUUGUGCUGAUUGGUGAGUAUCGUAUUGGCCAAAGCGGCGGCGCUCAAACCGAUCGCCCAAUUGGUGAAGCCCUUCAGCUUGAUGAUCUCGUAGGCCGAUUGCACCACGUCCCGGUGGAUCACCUUCCAGCACUCCGGAUCGUCGUCGGUGCCCAAUUUCGGUGAGAUGUCCUUCAGCCGGACGCCGGCCACGUUCACUCC